AUGGCUGCAUUUCUAAACAGCGCAGCAGCCUCCACAACUAACAAGGGGAAGUCUAGUGCUUAUUAUGGAGCGACUCUUGCUAAAGAUAAAAACAAUCCAGUUUUUCAGGCUUUGAACAGUGAGAUAAAAAUAAUCUACAAUCACAUCAAGAAAAGAUCUGAUCCUAAAUAUAUUAAACCUGACAAUGAAUCCUGUUCCAGAUGCUCUGACACUAUCUUUGAAUUGUGGAAUCGAUUCGAACCUAAAUUACAGAAGAAUAUUUAUUAUAAGAAAUUACUUGAAAUGGGAGAUACUUUACUAUCAAUGAAGGAAUAUAAACUAGCAUUAUGGCAGUGUUAUGAAAGAUAUUUACUAAGAUUUGAUUGUGGUAAUUUUUUGGAUAUCUCUGAAGGGAGAGAACUGGAGGAAAUUUUCUUUUCUGAUGGAUUUGAAACUGAAGAAUCUGGUUUUACUUUUCGAGCUUUGAUGGGAAAGAGUAUAUGUUUAUAUCAGAUGAUAAAGGGAAAUGAUGAUAAACUACAGAAUAAACAGUCAGUAGAUAAAUGUCUACAGAUUCUAUCAUUUCUUAGAUUACUCAUGCAAAUUAUUCUACCUAAAGAACGACUCUGUUGGCUUAUUUAUAAUGGUUCUAUACAUAUCUACACUAUAUCAAGACACCUGAUGUCACUGGGACAUUCUGCACAGGUAUUAGAAUAUGUGAUAUGGGCUAGUGUUUGUAUGGAGACGUCUAUACCACUGGUAUCAGUAAAAUAUCUAACAUGGAGAUCAACUCUAUAUACAGCUGUAUGUCAAUGUUAUUAUGACUGUAAAUCUCCACAACAUGCAGAGGCAUUUGCUAGAAGAGGAUUAGCUAAGAUUAAUGAGUUAAAUCAGUUAGAAAGAAUGAGUAACUCUGUCCAAAGUCCUCAAUCUACAGUGGCAUUUCGUCAAGCUACUAUUAAAAUGGCUAUUAUGGUGUUUAAACGCUCAGUAUUUGAAACUAGGAGAAAACCAAAAGGUUUAUUACGGCCUAAAACUAGAGCCAAUUAUAAAGAUGUGGUUAAUGGUGGUUGGCCUCGUACUCUAACAGAGAAACUAAUGAAUGAGAUGUUUGAAGGGUCUGCAGCUCAGUUUUUGGCGUUAAUAGAAACACUAACUGAUAGUAAUAGACGUAUAAUAUUAACAGGACCACCAGCUCAGGAUAAUGAACCAGAAAUACUGGAUGUUUAUGUAGAACUAUUCAUGGCUGGACAAGAAUUAUUAGCAGGUGGAGGAGGAUUAAAACCAUCAGGACCUAAAGCACAAUCUGUUAUAGGAAUGCCUCCAUUAAGUGGUGUUACUGAAUUUACUAGUUUAAUGGAAUCUGCUGUUUUAGGAAUUGAUGGUAUACCAAUACACUCUGUUAUAAAGUUUAUGAAACUGGCCUUUAAUUAUGAAUAUUGGGAUCUGUUUGAUAAUUUAGUUGAACCAGUCAGAGCUUAUCUUAGUAUAACCAGUGUAGCUAAUUAUCAAUGGUAUGAGAAGUUACUAGAAUUACUAUUGGCCAUGGAGAAAUUAAGUCACAGUAAGAAACAAAGUAAAAAGAAAGAAACUGGUAAUGAAGAAGUUCCAGAAGAUGAACACCCCCCACUCAAUCCUAAUGUAGCUUCAGCCCCUGGAACAUCAAUGAAAUCUACCAGUAUGAAUGAUGAUCAUAUUAAUCUAGCUGAUAUUUUACUGUCUAUUAUCUCAGGACCAUUUCAGAAGAAAGAUAUAGAAAUGGAUAUUAUAGUAGAUUCAGCUUUGAUUUUAUGGAAUAAAUGUAAAACAGUAUUUCACAAGUAUCAGACGGGAUCUGUGGAAAACCCUAGAUACAUACAGAAGAUGGAUCAACCAUACAAGUGGAUGUAUUUAUUAGACACAGUACAUCAGACAUUAUGUUGGUGUGGUAUUAGUUCUGUUGAUCCAUCUUUAAUGGCAGAGGUUGUUAUUAGACUAGCUAUGUUAUAUGAGAGUUCAGCUUAUCUAGAUACAUCUGAUGGUUUGAGACUUCGUAAGGAAUCUGUAUCAGAAGGAAAGUCCAGCAGUGAUCCAAGUUCUAUCUUUCCUAAAAUAAUCAAGGAAAAAUCUGGUAUGAAAGAUUCUAAAACAACAUUGACAGAUAUCGGAUUAACAGAGAUAAACCACAGUCGUAUCAGUAUGAUGUCAUCACCAGCUAAUCUUACAGCUAAACGACAGCUAGAUCAGGCAAAAUCUAUCCUAGAACUUGGCCUUAAAGAUAUGUCGUAUGCCAGACAAGCUGUGGCAUUGAAUGAUGGGAAAUCUAUUGCUGAUGUAUGCUGGGUAAAGAGUGUUUUAAAUGAUACAUCUAAAUUGUUACCAGGGGAAUUAAAUCCAGAAGUGUUUUCUCAUCAGAUGAAUCAGGAAGUAUCAGAAGUUGAUGAAGAUUGUCAUGGUGAUGAUUUAGUACCUGACUCAAUGAAAGAAUCAGCUACCACUGUCUGGAAUACAGUCAAAGAUCUCCAUCUUGAAUUAAUCUUAAUGUAUCACAGAGUGUGUUUAAAACUGGCUUCUCUCAAACAAUUAGAUGCUUCAUCAAAACCAAAACCUGUAAAUUCAAAAACAAAAGUAAAAGAGAACAAAGAAGAAGCUCAGAUUGACAGUAAUAAAAUUCUGAAAUCAGGUGAAGAUUAUGAGAAUGUUUUGAAUGUUGAAGAUUUAACAACUCAAUGUAAGAAGAACUAUAUAUAUAAGGCCUUGUUAUUUAUGGAGAAUGCUCUACUCUCAACAUCUGGUGUAUCAUAUAAUGGUAAACAGAAAAAACUCUUAGAGGAAUCAUUAGCAUUGAUUCAGAAAGCCCAGUUAGAGGAGAAAAGAACAUUUUUAGAGAAUAGAAGCUAUCCUGAAGAUGUUAGACCCUCUAAAGUUCCUCCUCCACCUAUAUUAAUGUGUCGUACAGAUACUACUAUGGUGUUUAAACCUGCUACAUUUAUACCUGUCACUGGGGAGAAGGUGGCUUGGUUCCGUAUUUAUGCUCGUAAUUCUACAGGAAGUAAUGUGAAAGUUCGUUUGAAUGAUUACCAUCUACCUGGAACUGGAAAUCAGGUACCAGUAGGACAUGAUGAAAUUACAGUAUCUGGAUUGAUACCCAAUGAACGUUAUGUAUUUGCUGUAUCUGCGUAUGAUGGUUCAGGAAAGAUGAUUGGUGGAAUUGGUGAAACUAGUAAACCUAUACUAGCCUCCCACCCUCUACCUAUUCUGAUGACUUAUGCUUUCUUAGCUCAGAUCUCCUACCAAGUAGGCUACUAUGAUGUAACCCGUCAAGCAUUUGAUGUUUUAUGGGAACAUUUUAUAAUGGAGAAACCUGCGCCAUGUGGUGUUACACAUAUUACACCUGUUAAAAAAGACUUCAAAUUAACACUGCAUAAGUAA